AUGCGCUCCAAGGUUUCGGCCGAGAUCGACCGUCUUGUAAAAGACGGUGUGCUUUCGUCGAUAAACAUUUCAGAUUGGGCAACACCGGCGGUACCGGUAGCAAAAAAGAACGGCGAUAUACGAUUGUGCGGCGACUUCAAGUUGACAGUGUACCCGGCGUCGCACUUGGAACAGUAUCCCCCGCCCAACGUUGAAGACAUAUUUGCGGCGCUUUCUGGAGGCAAAGUCUUCAGCAGUCUGGACCUGCGCAAUGCGUACAAUCAGCUGCCGCUGGACGAUGAAGCUAGAAAGACGGCGGUACUGAACACACACCGGGGCCUUUACUGCUACAAUCGCCUAGCAUUUGGAACUGCUUCAGCCCCCGCCUUGUUCCAGCGACACAUGGAAUCGAUUUUGCAAGGUUUUCCGAAUGUUCAAGUGUACCUCGACGACAUCAUUGUGGCGGAGAAGGAAAACAACACAUCGGUACUGCGGCAUGUGUUUCAGCGGCUUCGUGAACACAAGCUGAAGUUGAACAAAGCCAAGUGCCGGUUUAGGGUAGCACAAGUGUCGUUUCUGGGGCACCGCAUCGAUGCCAAAGGUCUUCAUCCUCUGCAAUAUAACCUCGAGGCAGUAAUGGCCGCGCCAAAGCCAACAUCGGUGCCACUCCAUGCCUGA